CCCCAGACUGUCAUCCUCUUCAAUGUCUCUUAUCAGUUUUUAACCAAAACAAAAUGAGGAUUUCUUGUGACCAGUUUCUAUUGAUAUUGUCUGUCUUUCGGGGACUCACAAUGGGGGCUUUCCCAAGCAGUGUACAGAUCGGUGGCCUAUUCAUCAGAAACACGGAUCAGGAAUACACAGCAUUUCGCCUGGCCAUCUUUCUACACAAUACCAGUCCCAACGCGUCCGAGGCCCCCUUCAACCUGGUGCCUCAUGUGGACAACAUCGAGACGGCCAACAGCUUUGCUGUCACCAAUGCCUUCUGCUCGCAGUACUCGCGGGGCGUCUUCGCCAUCUUCGGCUUGUAUGACAAGCGUUCUGUGCACACACUGACGUCGUUCUGCGGGGCGCUGCACAUCUCCCUCAUCACGCCCAGCUUCCCCACCGAGGGAGAGAGCCAGUUCACGCUGCAGCUCCGGCCCUCCAUCCGUGGGGCGCUGCUCUCGCUGCUCGACCACUACGACUGGAACAAGUUUGUCUUCCUCUAUGACACCGACCGGGGGUACGCCAUACUGCAGGCCAUCAUGGAGAAGGCGGGCCAGAACAGCUGGCAGGUGAGCGCCAUCUGUGUGGAGAGCUUCGACGACGCUGCCUACCGGCGCCUCCUGGAGGACCUGGACCGACGGCAGGAGAAGAAGUUUGUCAUCGACCUGGAGGCCGAGAGGCUCACCAACAUGCUGGAGCAGAUUGUCAGUGUCGGAAAACAUGUCAAAGGCUACCAUUACAUCAUGGCUAACUUGGGUUUUAAGGACAUCAACCUUGAGCGCUUCAUGCAUGGCGGGGCCAACGUGUCAGGCUUCCAGCUAGUGGACUUCAGCAACCCCAUGGUCAUCAAGCUGAUGCAGCGCUGGAACAAGCUGGACCAGAGGGAAUACCCAGGCUCCGACAGCCCCCCGAAGUACACGUCGGCUUUGACCUACGACGGCGUGAUGGUGAUGGCGGAGGCCUUCAGGAACCUGCGUAGGCAGAAAGUGGACAUCUCUCGCAGGGGGAACGCUGGGGACUGUCUGGCCAACCCCGCCGCCCCAUGGAACCAGGGCAUCGACAUGGAGCGCACCCUCAAACAGGUCCGGUUGCAGGGAUUAACAGGUAAUGUCCAGUUUGACCACUAUGGACGCAGGGUCAACUACACCAUGGACGUGUUUGAGCUGAAGAACAACGGACCCAGACGGAUGGGUUACUGGACGGAUUCAGACAAGCUGGUUCUGAUCCAGAAUGAAGCCCUCCUUCCCAAUGAAAUCCUGGAGAACAGAACUGUUGUAGUCACCACUAUCAUGGAGGGUCCAUAUGUCAUGUUAAAGAAGAACUGGGAGUUGUACGAGGGCAACGACCAGUAUGAAGGCUACUGCGUGGACCUGGCCUCGGAGAUUGCCAAACACAUUGGUAUCAAGUACAAGAUCGCUAUUGUACCCGACGGAAAGUACGGCGCCCGGGACCCAGAGACCAAGAUUUGGAAUGGCAUGGUUGGGGAGCUGGUGUACGGGAAAGCGGAAAUCGCUGUGGCCCCAUUGACAAUCACGCUGGUCCGGGAGGAGGUGAUCGACUUCUCCAAGCCCUUCAUGUCGCUGGGCAUCUCCAUCAUGAUCAAGAAGCCCCAGAAGUCCAAACCUGGGGUGUUCUCCUUCCUGGACCCGCUGGCCUACGAGAUCUGGAUGUGCAUUGUGUUCGCCUACAUCGGCGUAAGCGUGGUGCUCUUCCUGGUCAGCCGUUUCAGCCCGUACGAGUGGCACACCGAGGAGCCCGAAGAGGGUACCGACGGUCCGCCCAGCGACCAGCCCCCCAACGAGUUUGGCAUCUUCAACUCCCUCUGGUUCUCCCUGGGUGCCUUCAUGCAGCAGGGAUGUGACAUCUCCCCGAGGUCUCUGUCGGGGCGUAUUGUGGGUGGUGUGUGGUGGUUCUUCACACUCAUCAUCAUCUCCUCCUACACGGCCAACCUGGCUGCCUUCCUCACAGUAGAGAGGAUGGUGUCGCCUAUAGAGAGUGCUGAGGACCUGGCUAAACAGACAGACAUCGCCUACGGUACCCUAGACUCCGGCUCCACUAAAGAGUUCUUCAGGAGGUCAAAGAUCGCGGUAUACGAGAAGAUGUGGGGCUACAUGAAGUCAGCCGAACCGACUGUGUUUACCAAGAACACCCAGGAGGGGGUUGUACGUGUGCGGAAGAGCAAAGGGAAGUACGCUUUCCUAUUGGAGUCAACCAUGAACGAGUACACAGAACAGCGGAAACCCUGCGACACCAUGAAGGUCGGCGGCAACCUGGACUCCAAAGGAUACGGAGUGGCCACCCCCAAGGGUUCACUGUUAAGAACGCCGGUAAACCUAGCCGUGUUGAAACUGAGUGAAUCAGGCGUCUUAGACAAGCUGAAAAACAAAUGGUGGUACGAUAAGGGCGAGUGUGGACCCACGGCCUCAGGAAGUAAGGACAAGUCGUCCCAGGCCCUGUCAUUGAGCAACGUGGCGGGGGUCUUCUAUAUCCUAGUGGGGGGCCUGGGUCUGGCCAUGCUGGUGGCCCUCAUCGAAUUCUGCUACAAGUCCCGGAACGAGGCCAAGCGAAUGAAGCUGACCUUUACGGAGGCCAUGAGGAACAAGGCACGCCUGUCGAUCACAGGCAGUGUGGGGGAGAAUGGGCGCGUCCUGACACCCGACUGUCCCAAAGCGGUCCACUCGGGCCCCUCACUCCGCCAGAGCUCCGGCCUGGCCUUGGUCUCCUCUGAGCUCCCGUGAAAACCAAAAACCUUUCAAGUGCCUUAAAAAUGACCAACCCACAACCACCAUAUACCACAAAGACACAGGACAAACACCACCCAAACCGGACACCACCACCAGUGUGUGGGCAGACAGGGACUAACUAACAUUGUGGAAGUUUUUUUAAUAUAGCAGAAAUUGGGACUUUGCCAUUUGAGUAUGUAGUGAAUCUGUGGCCAUUUUGGAUGGAGUUCUGUGGAAAAGUACCAUCUGUAUUUUUACUGUGUGGCCAAGUGAGGGCUAUUUGUAAUCAAGCUGCCAUUUUUGGGUGCAGAGGUGGAGAUUGCAUCUGAGAUGUUCCACUGAAGACCCUGUGCCAACUUAUCAUUGCGAUCACUGGCGAAGGAAGAGCAGGAGGAAUUGAGAGUGAAGUAAAAUGAAAAAUAAAGGAAGACCAGAAAACUUGAAACUUGUAACUGUGGAUCAUUGGGUUGCUGACUGAAUUGGCAAACUGAAUUACAAUCAAGAUUGUUUUCCAAAUGUGGACAAUUGUUACCAGACGAGAGCAGUGUUCAAAAAACAACUGUCAGACAACAAUCUCACUGAAUAUCAAUAUCUGACAUCAUGUGGAGGUGUGUCUCCCGUUGUCAUCAUGGAGAUAAAAACUAUAAUUAUUAAUAAACUACAAUAACUCUAUUGAUAAUAAUACAUAUAAGAUAAAUAAACUGUGAAGAUUUAGUAAAUAUGUAUAUUCUGUGAAGACGAAGCUAAAGAAAAAAGAUGUUCUGUACAUAGAAGAGACUGUAUAACAUUGCUUGCUUUUUAAACAGAUGUAAAUAGCUGAUUCAGUAGUGGACAAAGGACAGUUCUCUUUUUGUAACCAUCUUUAAAUAAAUAAUUCAUCGCAAUAAUGGAUAAGACGACUAAGACGACGUUGUUGAGAAAGGAGAGACAUUGAGACAGUGUUUUAUUCCUUCAACGUUCAGUUCAGAGCGUCAUGUUCCAUGGGCAUAGUUUCAACUCUGCCCAUCUAGAUACCUGUUCUCUACAUAUUAAUAUAUUCAGCGAUGAAUGUUAAUUAGUCCCAUCCUCAUCCUCGAGCAUCGCCCCCAUCCUCUAGCCACACCCCACACUGUGAGGUCAUAGACCAGAAGUGGCUGAUAGACCGAAUGUUAUGUUUAAAUGCUUUACUUGCGUUUCCACUAGAAAACAAACAAUAUUUUUUGUGUCGUUUGUUCUAUUUUUUGUAACGAUCAAUUACAUUUAAAAUGACUGUCCGUCUCCUGAUUUUUCAAUGUUUUUUCAAUGUUCGCGGCUGUUGAACGUUGAACGUCUUAUCUGGAUAGACAUUUUAGAUAAUUGUGUAUGGAGAGAAUAAUGCAUUUUUUUUAUGUGAAAUGAGAAAUGCAAUUUUUUUCCUCAUUGCUGUAUUAUUUCACUAGUCAAAGCUUAUAUAAACAGUAUUUAUUGAAUAAAAAAGAAGACGAAGAAGAAUAUUUGUAUUAUUGAGCCAUGGUCAAAGCUUUGGCCCUCUUGGUCCCUAACACUGUGGAUCCUCAGUAGAAGAAUCUAUGGUCUACUUCCUGUCAUUGAAGUUAUUAGUGUGCAGUGGAGGUUUCAACACAUGGCCAAUGGAAGGGCAACCUCUAGGCCCGUGGGCAGCAAUAGGACACUGACUUUUACUGUGUCAUCCUUUUGUCUCUUUCAUUUUCAACUUUUUUGCCCCAAAACCUGUUUCUGCUAUUGUUGUUGUCGGACAAAUAUGUGCAAUGUUAUCAAUGUUUUCAAUUGCUGCCUCUGUCUUUUGCCCUUACACACAUUCACAUACACGUCCACAUACAUGUACACAUAGUAGUGGUUGUAGCUUGUAUGGCUGCCUGGGCGAACCUCCACUUCAGCCCCCCUCUGUCAUUUUUAUUCAGACAUUUGUAACACAAAUAAAUAAUCAAAACAUUUUAAAAUAUAUACAAAAUAAGACUCAUAAAUAUCAAAAAGAAGUAACAAAGACAAAUAGAAACAAAUGGCAAGAUGCCACCAUGGGCACCUACCCAUGUCACCUAUACCUAAAUCCGCCACUGUGUACACGACACGUACAGAGGAGGCUAGUGAGAGGAGGUAUAGGAGGACAGGCUCAUUGUAAUGGCUGAAUGGAAUAAAUUAAACAGAAUCAAACACAUGGAAACCACAUGAUUGACUCUGUUCCAUUGAUUCCAUUCCAGCCCGUCCUCCUGUAGCUUCUCUCACCAGCCUCUUCUGGUACGCACGCGCACGCACACACACGCACACACACACACACACACACACACACACACACACACACACACACACACACACACACACACACACACACACACACACACACACACACACAAACACACACACCGGAUGGACCUUGUUGCUUUGAGAGAAUAAACCAGCUAAAAUAUUUCAGGCCAUGCUUUUUGGUUCUGCCAUAUGUCUGUAAAAUUCAAAUGGUAUCCUAUUUUGGUUUCAAUUGUACAUCUUUAUUUUGAUCAUUUUCUUAGUAAAAAGUUAA